AUGCAGCGGUCCUCUCUCGCCAAUCUCGCCUCGCUCAUGUCCGGCCUCGUGGCCGUGGCGUCGGCAACCAACUCGGUCCCGUCGCUGAAGGUGCCAGCAUGCCCGUCGGUGGGCACCGCGACCAUCACCAAGUCGGUCCCGGAUCUCACCGAGUUCGCCAAGACCGAGAUUGGCCUCUGCUACAACAAGGAGACCAUUGAGAUCAAGUUCACCGCCCACAACGAGACCAAUUUCUUCUUCAACCCCAACCAGACCACCAACGGCGACAUCUGGGAAUACGAGGUCGUCGAGGCCUUCAUCUACAAGGGCACAGACGACCCGCAGACGUACUUUGAGUACGAGAUCAACCCCAAUAACGUGACGUACCAGGCAUUCGUCUACAACCCCUCCGAGAACCGGGCCGAGGGCGCGCCCUUUGACCACUUGUUCGUCUCCAACCCGGCCGCGGACGGCUUCACCGCCACCACGACCCUGGACAAAGAGAACUUCCUGUGGACGAGCGUGGCCCAGAUCCCCCUCGGCCUGUUCAACGUCAAGGCCGGCAAGGCCAGGGGCACCAAGUGGAGGAUGAACUUCUUCAGGACCAUCACCAGCCCCGAGACGUUCCCCGCCCAGGAGCUCGGUGGAUGGAGCCCGCCUGACAAGGCAAGCUUUCACAUCACAAAAUUCUUCGGUCGUGUGGAGUUUGUGUAG